UAAACUACAGAGAAACCUCUUAAACCCUGCAAUGUUUCUUUCUUCUCAACCCUAGACCUUCGCACCGCUUCCUCCAAUGGCCGAAAACACCCACACACCUCCUCCGCCCCUCGCGCCGCCGCCGCCGCCGCCGUCGUCGUCCCGGGUGAGCUCCGGCACAAUCGAAAGAGCCGUGCAGGCCCUGCUCAAGUGGAAGGACGCCAAUUCCAAGACCCAGAAGGCCUCGCUCCUCGAGCCCGACGACUUCGUCUACCUCAUCCUCACCCUCAAGAAGAUCCCCGCCAAUGCCCGCACCAACCCUUUCAAGAUCCCCCUCCCCCACCCGCUGAUCGACCCGGCGACCGCCGAGAUCUGCCUCAUCAUCGACGACCGGCCCAAGUCGGGCAUCACCAAGGACGCCGCGCAGAAGAAGAUCAAGAGCGAGGGCGUCCCCGUCGCGAAAGUCCUCAAGUUGUCCAAGCUCAGGACCAACUACCGCCCCUUCGAGGCGAAGAGGAAGCUGUGCGAUUCUUACGACAUGUUCUUGGCUGACAGGAGGGUCGUCGGCAUGUUGCCGAGGUUGUUGGGGAAGCAGUUCUUCAAGAAGAAGAAGAUCCCGGUGGGCGUGGAUUUGAGGCACAAGAGUUGGAAGGAGCAGGUGGAGAGGGUCUGCGCAUCGGCCCUGUUGUUCGUGGGGACGGGGACUUGCAGCGUCUUGAAGGUCGGGAGGGUCUGCAUGGGGAAGGAGGAGAUCGUUGCGAAUGUCGCUGCGGCACUCGAGGGGGUUGCGGAGGUCGUGCCACGGAAGUGGCGGAAUGUGAGGUCUUUCCAUUUGAAGCUGAUGGACAGCUUGGCUCUGCCGGUUUAUCAGGCGUUGCCGGAUGUGAAGCUGAAGAUCGAAGGGCUUAAGGAUAAGGAGGUGGAGAAGGAGGAGGAGGAGGGAGUGAAUGAGGUUGUGGAGGAAGGGAAGGGAAGCGAGAGCGCGGCAAAGAAGAAGGGUGCGAAGAAAGGUCGAAUCCACGAGGUGAGAUAUAUGGAUACCAAUUUGCAUUCUUUGAUGGAUGAGGACGAUGAAGACGUUCAUGACCUCGACAUGGUUGAAGUCGAGGAGAGUGAUGACGAUGAUAAGGAUGAGACAGAUGGUAGCAAAACUAAGGGGAAGAAGGGAAAACUUAAGAAGGGACGCGAUGUUUAUGAAUUGAGUGGCGGGAAAAUUUCGAAGAAGUUGGCGAAGUCGAAGAAAGAAGGAGAAAAGAAGACAAAAACCACUCUGUCCGGAGACUCAAAGAAUGGCGAUAGUGUCAAGAAGACUAAGAAGAGUAAUUUAACAGUAAAAGAAGGGGAAGUAUCUGAAGGCAAGAAGGAGAGGAAGAGGAAGAUUAAGGUUUGAUGAAGUUAAGCGAGCUGGGCAUUGGUUUGAUGGUAUCCGAACCGAAGGAGAAGGAAAGGCUAUUUAUGCUCCGAUCACUACUCAUUGGAAUACUAGUGAGGUUGAGUAUGUAUGCCUUCCGAAAAGUUUUGGCUUCACUUAUCGAUUAUACUUUCAGUCUUAUCGUGCUAGUGAUUAAUGACAUGUAUUGAGUGAUCAGUUGCCUUGACUCAUGAUCGUCAUCUUGUAGCUCACAGAAUGGUUACUGAUUAUGGAUUUUGUUCUGCUUGCUUCGACAUUU